GAUAUCUUGAGAACAGCAGUGGCACCGUCGUCUAUCAAGCACUAGCGAUGCAAUCCUUGUUCGUCCAUAUGUGGCACAAGUGCUCGAUCCACCUCCGACGUCUGGUCUUUUCUGCUUUCUCUCUUUUUGAUAUUUCUCUGGACCUUCUAAAUACCAAUCGACCUUUUUUUAAUAAUUGAAAGAGAUUCAUUGAUUGAAUUGGACCGCUCCAUUUUACAAUGAACAGUCUGGUCAAAUGGCGACCUCGCUACUUGGAGGCUCGCUUUAUAUGCCGCACUCCGAUAUCUCGAACGAUGAGAAUUGCAAGCCAGAAUUGGGUUCAUUAUCUUCCAAAUUCUAACACGACGAGACUCAGUGCCGCAGGCAAGGAGAGACGAGAGGUGGCACUCGCUAGUGAAGACAAACCUGGAGGAGCUUUGCAAUACGUAUUAUCGAAGGCUGAUGCUCUCGCCGCCUGGGCCCGGAAUGGUUCCAUGCAUCCCAUGACUUUUGGACUCGCCUGCUGUGCUGUUGAAAUGAUGCAUUGUUCCACACCUCGAUACGAUCAAGACCGACUCGGUAUCAUCUUCCGUGCCUCUCCCCGACAAUCGGAUGUCAUGAUCGUGGCUGGGACUGUGACAAACAAGAUGGCUCCAGCACUACGGCAGGUGUAUGACCAAAUGCCUGAGCCGAGAUGGGUGAUCAGUAUGGGAAGUUGUGCCAAUGGAGGUGGAUACUAUCAUUACAGUUACUCGGUUGUGAGGGGAUGCGAUAGAAUUGUUCCUGUGGAUAUAUAUGUUCCUGGUUGCCCACCAACAUCUGAGGCAUUGCUGUAUGGAAUAUUUCAGCUCCAAAAGAAGGUCCGGCGGACAAAAAUCACUCGAAUGUGGUACCGCAAAUAGUGGUCAAUAUUUUUGCUCUCGCAAGUUUUGACCGCCUGGCCCUGCAUCCCCUUUGUAUAUUCUAUAGAGUAGUACGGUCCUUCAUGGUAGUGAUCGUGCUUGCCGCCAUGUUUUCUCCUCCACAGCGAGUUACGGAGGUCUGAUUGUCAUAC